AUGGGAAUUUUAUUUAAACUAUUUAAAUGUUAUUGCAUACUAUCCAUUCUUUACAUUUGGUUAACUCCUCAUAUUGAAGAUUUGAAUUUGAAAUCCUUUUAUUCAAAUGUACAAUUGAAUAUAUCUCAACAGAGCUUGAAAUCCGUGAAUUUGAUUAUUGCUCAUCCAGAUGAUGAGGUAAUGUUCUUCACACCCACACUAUUACAAUUGGAUGAUAUUCUUCCAACUCAUGUUCCCUUCAAUGUGAUAUGUUUGUCAAAGGGUGUUGACGUUGAUGGCAGAGCUGUCGGUGAUUUAAGAAGUAAUGAAAUAAUGGACUCGUUAACAAUGUUGCUGGGUCACAGAAGAGCAGGUCUCAAUAGGGAAGUUAAAUUGCACCAAUUUGAAUAUGAAGAUGGUAUGGACAAACAGUGGGAUAUUUCAAAAGUUGUUACUGAUAUCCAAAAUACUAUUUCAAUGGAAUCUAAUGUGGAUGGUUUAAAGCACUGGUUGCUAACAUUUGAUGCCCAGGGUGUGUCAGAGCAUCCGAAUCAUAUAGCAUGUUAUGAUGCUAUGAUGACCUUGAAACAGAAAAGUAGUAAUCCUGGUGAUUAUUUAUUGAUGACACUAAAUAGCUAUGGUUCUAAUAUUAUUCUGAAGUAUAGUUCAUUUCUCCCAGUUGUUUUCAAACUACUUAUCAAUAUCAUCAAUGAUAAAUUUAGAAUUUUUGAAUUAAAACAGGUACCAUUUCUUUCAAUGCACAAAGAACAUGAUCAGAUCCAAUUUAUCAAUACUUUUCCACACUAUAUAAUGGCAUUGUCCUCUAUGCUGAACAGUCAUACAUCUCAAAUGGUCUGGUUUAGAUAUGGUUGGUGGAGUUUCUCGAGAUUUGUGUUUGUAAAUGAUUUACAUAUUAUAGAUUUAUAA